GCAGGAUGCGGGAGGCGCGGUUCAGGGACCACUUCUGGUGCAACAUGUUUUUAAGGAAUGAUUUGGAAGAAGACACUGACCCUUCAGAAGUCUAUGGCAAAUAGCACGGAUCUGACCAGCACAGUUGGCUAUGACAGCAUCAUUCAGCAUCUGAAUGAUGGCAGGAAGAACUGCAAAGAAUUUGAAGACUUUCUGAAGGAAAGAGCAAUUAUAGAAGAAAAAUAUGGCAAGGAGCUCAUUAACUUGUCGAAGAAGAAGCCCUGUGGGCAGACAGAGCUGAACACGCUGAAGAGAUCCCUCGAUGUUUUCAAGCAGCAGAUAGACAAUGUGGGACAAGGUCACAUCCAGCUGGCACAAACCCUUCGGGAGGAAGCAAAGAAGAUGGAGGACUUCAGGGAAAAGCAAAAGCUGCAUCGGAAAAAGAUAGAGCUGAUAAUGGAGGCGAUUCACAAAAACAGGAAUCUUCAGUACAAGAAGACCAUGGAGGCCAAGCGUCUGUACGAGCAGCGCUGCCGGGACAAAGAUGAGGCGGAGCAGGCUGUGCACCGCAACGCCAGCCUGGUCACACAGAAGCAGCAGGAGAAGCUGUUCCUGAAACUGGCUCAGACGAAAUCAGCACUGGAGGACACUGACAGGAGUUACCAGCAGAGUGUGACCACAAUGGAGAAGAUCCGGGAAGAGUGGCAGAAUGAGCACAUCAAAGCUUGCGAGUUCUUUGAGACUCAGGAGUGCGAGCGGAUCAACUAUUUCCGUAAUGCCCUCUGGCUCCACGUCAACCAGCUCUCCCUGGGAUGUGUCCUGAAUGAUGAGAAAUAUGAGGAAAUCCGCAAGAGUUUAGAAAUGUGCAGCAUUGAGAAGGAUGUUGAUUUUUUUGUAAAUUUACGCAAAACUGGAAAUUUGGCUCCAGCUCCUGUUGUUUAUGAAAACUACUAUAAUGCCCAGAGAAAUGUGACUCCUGCUGCGAGAAGUCCAGCUCCUGUGCCUUUAUCAAGGAGGGGACCCUUGCCCACCCCGACCAGUGCACCAGGGGAGCCUGAUUAUGCCACAGUUGAUGGUUACAGCUUGGUACAUUUCUAACAGUCACAGUUUUCCAAAAGGCAGAAGACAUUGUUGGUCUGACCAGCAUGGCAGAGAUGAUGUUUUCAGUUACUCCCAGACAUAUAGAGCUGAAGUGCUUCUGCUUUUCAAGAGAAUAUUUUGAGGACUCCAACAAUUAUUUGUACAUUCAGAAAAUGCUUACUAAAAAUCUAUGCCUCUGAUCAGCAAACUCCUUGGAUGGAUCUUCUUACUCAGAGUAAGAAAAGGACCAGACACAGGGGUGAUCUGUGUUGGAAGUUUUCAAUUUGAAGUUCUUCUAAAGUGUAGCCAUCUAGAAAGUCUGGAGCCUUCCACUCUGUAGGUAACUAAGAAGUUGUAUGUGCUGAGAGGAGUGCUGCACGAUGCUUUGGUCAUGCUGGCUUGUGUUCAGGGUAUGUGCAUCCCUCUCAGAUCUCAGGUUUUGCCUGUUCCUAAGGGCUUUUGCCUGUUCCUAAAGUCUUUCAUUAGUGGGGAUUAAACUUGUCCUUUGGGUCAAAUUUUACUCAUAUCUCUCAGAAAUCUUACUUAGAGGAGCACCAGCAGUUGCACAGAGUUCCUGGCUUAGCUGUAGCUGUGCUCCAGGCUUAAAUGCUGACACUGGAAGCUGAUUUGCAUCUACUCAGGGAGGGGCUGUGCCACAUCCAACCUGCUGGGAGGUCCCAGGAAGGAUCUGAUGGAAUUUAUUCAUCUCUUCCAACCACCUCUCCAUUGAGGGUCUUGUGAGCUCUUAGGUUUAUCAGGUUGUCCCUGGUAAGCUCUGGAUACCAGGCUGGAUGGGGCUUGGAACAACCUGGUGUAGUGGAAGGUGUCCCUGCCCAUGGCAGGGAGUUGGAACUGAUGCCUUUUUGGGACCACCUAAAAACAGAGGCCCCACAAAAUUAAAGAGAAUAACAAGAAUUUGUAUUCAUUGAAGGGCCUUCAGGUACACUUGGGGCAUACAAACCUCCCCCCAUGGGCUACACCCCAAAAAUAGACAAUGGGUCAUAGGUUUUCAUAUUUUUUAAGUUUGGUUCACUUGCAUAUUGUGGGGUUAAUCUACCAAUUACACCUUCAAGUAAUGAAGUAAUUUACCCCAAGUUUGUUGCCCCCAACUUUUGUUUACAUUUCUCAGGCCCUGAGGCAGUAAGGUCGAUUCCCAUUUUCCCAUGAUUCCCAGGGCAGAGAGGAAUUACCUGACCAAAAUGGGAAAGCAGCAGCUAACACUCUGUAUGGAGUUUAGAGUUAUACACUAAAGAAUUGCAGGAUUACAAAUAUAUGAAAAUAGAAAAGCUAAAAUCCUAAGGCAUCAGAACUAGGUGGUCUUUAAGGUCCCUCACAACCCAAACCAUCCUGGGAUUCUCUGAUUCUAUGAUUUAAUUAACUUCUGUGAUUCUCUAAACUUUGGAUUUGUUCUGACUAUGCACCACUGGAAACAAACUUAUCUACUGCUGGAGCUUGAAACUAGUUUUCUGACCGCAUCUCCUGAAAGUUCCUUCCCUUGUUGUUACCACAUCCAUAGAUAUGAUUAUGGCUUUGAUUCAGAAGCUUAUGUGCCUCAGGGCUGCUGGUCUGUCUGAUGUCCCUGUGUGCAGUGCUGCUUGACUGCUCCUCGCUGCCUUAUGACACUGGAUACAGGGAUACAGGACAUGGGGAUAAACACACAAUUUACCUGUCUAAACCUGGUGCCAGGUCACUAACCUGGAGCAACAGGAUUUGUUGUUUUUAUGAUGUUUUUCAAGUUGAAUCUGCAUGGCUUCGGCAUGUGCCUCAACCCACCAGUCCUUGGGGUUUUUACUGGAUUUAUUUGUGUGGGGAAGAUGACACUGAGCUCUGACAUCUGCCUUGCUGCCUCACAGUGAGCUGUGCAGAGUGCACAUGCCAAGGAAUCAGCUAUCCUAUUUAUUUCUGAAAGACCAAGGAUACAAAUACUCUUCUGAAGGAGC